CUCUGGAGUGUUUUCUAGCUUUUUUGAAACUUUGGUUUAAGAUAGUGGAGCAGACCUAUUCUGAUCAGUACUCCACAUCCUUGGUCUAUGUGAAAUUGAAAUAGGAUGCCAAAGCUGUUGAAGAUCAGUGAGGCAGGAGAUAUAAGAACAGUAAGGAGGCGGUACUAGGAAAGGCUCUCAGCAAUCUUCUGGACUCCUACACAAGACCAUGCUGAGCACUGGAAUGGAGACUCAUGCACUGAUUUCAUAGCUGGUGCCAGAGAUUGUGAACUACGUAUGCUGAAGAAAAUACUGAUGUUCAUUAAGUGUCCUUCUGUGCAGACACAUGGGAACGGUGCAUGCGCAGGCCAGCUGUAAACAACCUGAAAGCUACUGACAGAGUGAGGUGCUCUCCCAUCCUUCUGUCGAGUUUCCUGCCCAAAGUGCCUAUAAAAAGGGAAAGACUGCCUCUCUCUCUCAGUUCAUUGAAGAUGUGCUGGAGAAGAAAGACCAAAGAGCUCACAACAAGGUGGAAGGGAUAUGUGCCUCCACAGAAAAACACUCAUUGAAUAUUUGUGACAGAUUUCACAUCAUUCUGCAAACCUCGGGCUUUUCUCAGCUACAAGAUCCAAACAUAUAUCAAGAACAUUUCCCAAAGGUUUCCUGUAGAACCAGUAUAAAUUCUUAGAUUUUAGGAGCUAUGAUGAAAAAGAUGAAGGGCUGGACUUUGUUUAUGUGUCUCUUCAGUGCUGCAUUUUCUCUUCCACUGCCUCAUGCACAACAUCCUGGCUAUAUUAAUUUCAGUUAUGAGGUAAUGACACCUUUAAAAUGGUACCAGAGCCUGAUUGGACACCAGUAUCCACGUUAUAGCUAUGAACCUAUGGGAGGAUGGAUGCACCACCAUACAGGGCCAGCGAUGCCUCCCCACUCUUCUUUUCCAGGCUUCCAGCAAAUUCAUGCACCAUCCCACCAAAUGCACCCCUCACAGCAACACCUGCAACCACCCCUGAACACACCAGUGCAACCAGCUGGGCAUAGCCCUUUUGGUCACAUGCCUGGACAAAACACAAUGCCACAGUACCAGCCAGGAGUAGCAGUGCAACACCCAUUUCCACCACAUGCAGGAGAGCAUCCUGUGCAUCACCAGCAACCUGGGAAUCCAAACCAGCCAAUGCAGCCUGGCAAUCCAAACCAGCCAGUUUACCAAGUGCAUCCAGUGCCUCCACUGCCACCAGUGAUUCACGAUGCUCCUGAACCAUGGCCAGGAACAGACAAGACCAAGCAAGAGGAAGUGGAUUAAAGGGCCAGGAAAUCAGAAUAAUGCAGCCAUAUGUUAGGCAUUGUCAUUUGUGUCCAAGAAACCAUCAUUCUCUUUCAGUCAGUGAUGCAGAUCUUCAUGAAAAAAUUUAAAAAAUUAGUGAAAACUGUAGCCAGAAA